UCGAACAGAUAACAACCGGUUUAAUUUUAUUCACUUUGAAGCACUUGUUGUGAUGAACACUUCACAGCACGAGCUCAAAAAGUGCAUACAUUGCUAAUUGGACGCGCUGUAUCAGCGCAGAUUUGUUGUGAUGUUUAGACUAAUAGUAGUACUCAUUUGGAGUGUGGCGGGUGGUCUAUCAGCAGAGAGCGAACGAACAUUCCCACCUGGUUUCAAGUUUGGCGUCGGUACUUCAUCCUAUCAGAUCGAAGGCGGCUGGAAUGCUGAUGGAAAGGGUGAAUCGAUAUGGGAUCGCUUCACCCACCAGCAUCCGGAAAAGAUCGAGGACCGGAGCACUGGUGACACUGCCUGUGACAGCUAUCAUCAGUGGCGAAGAGAUGUAGAAAUGAUCAAGGAGCUGGGUGUGGACAUCUAUCGAUUCUCGAUUGCGUGGGCCCGAAUUAUGCCAUCGGGAUUGAGCAAUCGGGUUAAUGAAAAAGGAAUUCAGUAUUAUAACGAUCUGAUCGAUGGUUUACUUCAAGCCGGAAUUACACCGGCUGUAACGCUUUAUCAUUUCGAUCUUCCCCAACGUUUAGAAGAUUUAGGUGGUUGGCUCACCCCGGAUAUUGUGCAACAUUUCCUAGACUAUGCAAAUGUGGCAUUUGAAAAUUACGGCGAUCGCGUGCAAAUGUGGACAACAUUCAACGAACCGUGGUAUAUUUGUGAGAGCUCAUACGGUACGGAUGGCUUAGCUCCAGCCCUAAACUUUCCUGGCGUAGCAGACUAUGUCUGCGGUCACAACAUCUUGAAGGCCCAUGCCGAGGUGGUUCAUCUGUAUCGGGAAAAAUACCAGACUCAGCAGAAAGGAAUCAUUGGAAUAUCUCUGGAUGCAAGAUGGGUCGAGCCGGCCUCGGAUUCGUUCGACGAUUUGGAAGCUUCCGAAUGGAGUUUACAGUUCAAUAUGGGAUGGUUUGGUCAUCCUAUAUUCUCAGCUGAAGGAGAUUAUCCUCAAAUCAUGAAAGACAGAAUUGGGAAUCUGAGCGCAGAGCAAGGCUUCAAAAGAUCCAGACUUCCCUCGUUUACUGAGGCGGAAAUUGAAAGGAUAAAGGGCACCUCCGAUUUUUUUGGGCUCAACACGUAUACCUUAAGACUGGCAAGCAAAAAUGAUGAACAAAAUUCGGCGAACUUUGAAAUACCCUCGAAUGAUCACGAUGCCGGAGCGGUUUUGACUAUCGAUCCCGAAUGGCCUUCUGCAGAUACAGACUGGAUCAAGAUUGUCCCUUCUGGGCUUAAGAAUUUGUUGAACUGGGUGAAGAAAGAGUUCGAUAAUUCUCCAACUUGGGUGACUGAGAAUGGCGUUGGCACGGCUGUCGGAACCGUCGACCUUCAACGGGUACAGUAUUACAACGGCUAUCUGAACGCCGUUUUGGAUGCAAUGGAGGAUGGAUGCGAUGUGCGAGGCUACAUGGCUUGGAGUUUGAUGGAUAACUUUGAAUGGAGAGCAGGUUACACGAGUAAAUUUGGUCUCUUCCAUGUGGACUUUAACGAUCCCAAUCGAAAGCGCUACGGCAAGAUGUCAGCGAAAGUUUACAAGAGAAUAAUUGAAACGAGAAAGAUCGAUGAGAGCUAUUUACCGCAACCGGAUGUUGUCAUCAGUGAAGCAAGGAUUCAUUCAUCAUUUUCAUUGUCAAUAAUCUUAGGGUUAUUCGCAGUGUUUCUUUUGAGUUGUUUGAUAUUUAAGGUGUGAACACGUUCGUUUGCAUAAUUGUAGUUUAU